UCUCUCUCUCUUUCUCUCUCUCUCUUUCUCUCUGGGGCACUGGACCAGCACACACAUUUAUGUCGAGUUGUGGAUAAGUGUGAACAGUGUUACAUCUAUAGGAGUGUGAUUUGGUAUCAGUGGACUAAUCAGACCUCAGUGUGAACACUGAUGUGAAGAAGCUCAGCUCGACUCGGCUGGUCGGAGAGCAGAGAGAUUUCAGCCAGCGUUACAUUCACAGUCCGCAAAAACGGAGAGGAAUCGCGUAUGAGGCCUCGAAAGUGAAGAGUACAUUGUAGAGAUGGACCUUAAACUACUUUCUAUAUCAGUGUUGUUAGGAAUCAUAUGCUACAGUAGCGCCCAGCCAGAGGGGAACGAGUGCAUCAAGGCUAAUGCUGAAUCCUGUGGUGAUUGCAUCCAAGUAGGGGCCAAGUGUGGGUGGUGCACAGAUACAGAGUUCCUGAAGCAGGGAGAGCCUACGUCGGCACGCUGUGAUGAGCUUGAGUCCUUGAAGAAAAGAGGCUGUUCAGUGUCCAUGAUUGAAAACCCUCAAGGGAGCCUGAAAAUCCUCAAAAACAAACCUGUGACCCACCGCAAGAAAGGAGGCGAGAAACUCAAACCCGAGGACAUCACCCAAAUUCAGCCCCAGAAACUUGCAGUCAGCCUAAGAUCUGGAGAGCCACAAACAAUUAAUCUAAAGUUUAAAAGGGCAGAGGACUAUCCCAUUGACCUGUACUACCUUAUGGACUUGUCCUACUCCAUGAAAGAUGAUCUGGAAAAUGUCAAAAACCUGGGCACCAGCCUGAUGGUGGAGAUGUCUGCAAUCACAUCAGACUUCAGAAUUGGUUUUGGUUCGUUUGUCGAGAAGACAGUCAUGCCCUACAUCAGCACCACCCCUGCCAAGCUUCUGAACCCCUGCACCGGGGACCAGAACUGCACGAGUCCCUUCAGCUACAAGAACGUGCUGAAACUCACCAGUAAUGGUGAGCAGUUCAACACACUGGUGGGUCAGCAGCAGAUCUCAGGCAAUCUGGACUCUCCAGAGGGUGGGUUUGAUGCUAUAAUGCAGGUCGCUGUGUGCGGGGAGCACAUUGGCUGGAGAAACGUCACUCGUUUGCUGGUGUUUUCUACAGAUGCAGGUUUCCAUUUUGCCGGAGAUGGAAAACUGGGUGGAAUUGUGCUUCCUAAUGAUGGCAAAUGUCACCUUGAAAACAACAUGUACACCAUGAGCCAUUAUUAUGAUUACCCAUCAAUAGCACAUCUGGUGCAGAAACUAAGUGAAAAUAACAUCCAGACCAUCUUUGCUGUAACAGAGGAAUUUCAGCCUGUUUAUAAAGAAUUGAAAAACCUCAUUCCAAAGUCUGCAGUGGGAACAUUGUCGGCAAACUCCAGCAACGUGAUCAACCUUAUUAUCGAUGCGUACAAUUCUCUGUCUUCAGAGGUGAUUCUAGAGAACAGCAAGCUGCCUGAAGGAGUCACCAUCACAUAUCAAUCCCGCUGCAAGAACGGAGUAGUAAGUGUUGGAGAGGAGGGACGCAAAUGCUCCAACAUCUCAAUUGGAGAUGAGGUCUCCUUCAGCAUAAACAUUACAGUUAAUGGCUGCCCCAAACAAGGCAAACCUCAGAUCCUAAAGAUCAGACCUCUGGGCUUCACUGAGGAAGUGGAGAUCAAACUGAGCUUUAUCUGUGACUGUGAGUGCCAGAAGAAAGGUAUUGCGAACAGUGACCUCUGCCAUAAUGGCAAUGGCACCUUCGAAUGUGGUGCCUGCAGGUGCAAUAAAGAUCGUAUUGGCCGAGAGUGUGAGUGCUGGAAAGACGAAGUGUCCAGCGAAGACCUGGAAAAGACCUGCCGUAAAGAUAACGCCACUGAUCUCUGCAGCAACAACGGCGAGUGUGUGUGCGGCAAAUGCGAAUGUAAGAAGAGGGACAACCCAGAGGAGUACUACAGCGGCAAGUACUGCGAAUGUGACAACUUCAAUUGCGACCGCUCAAAUAACAAGCUCUGUGGAGGUCAUGGCCACUGUGAAUGCAGAGUCUGCGUUUGUGAUGCUAACUACACAGGAAGUGCAUGCGACUGCUCCUUGGAUAUGUCGACAUGUUUGGCCUCCAACAAUCAGAUCUGUAAUGGCAGAGGCAUGUGUGAAUGUGGAACCUGUAGGUGCACUGAUCCUAAAUUCCAGGGACCCACAUGUGAGAUCUGCCCCACCUGCCCUGGAGUCUGCACUGAACACAAGGCGUGUGUGCAAUGCCGAGCUUUUGGUACAGGAGAAAAGAAGGACACUUGUGAGAGAGACUGCAGCUACUUCACUCUGAUUAAAGUGAAAGAUACAGAUAACCUGCCUCAGCCUGUACAAGCCUUCCCACUCAUGCACUGCAAGGAAAGAGAUGCUAAUGACUGCUGGUUCUACUACACCUACUCCGUCACGAACCACACCGAGGUCCAUGUCGUCGAUACUUUAGAAUGCCCAGCUGGUCCUGAUAUCAUCCCCAUCGUGGCUGGAGUGGUUGCAGGAAUUGUGCUGAUUGGACUAGCCCUUCUGUUAAUCUGGAAAUUGCUCAUGAUCAUUCACGACCGCCGCGAGUUUGCCAAGUUUGAGAAAGAGAAAAUUAAUGCCAAAUGGGAUAUGGGCGAAAAUCCGAUCUACAAGAGUGCCGUUACGACCGUCAUCAAUCCCAAAUACGAGGGCAAAUAAUGCACAUCUCCCCUGUGCAUAGAGCCAUAUACUUUCAUUUCAUUUUUGAAUUUAUUUCUCCCAUUUCAAGUUCUUUUCAUUUUAUUUUGUAGAACUAUGCAUUUCUGUUGUUAGGACACAACCUUUUGUGCCUCCUCUGUUUUAUUGCAAAACCUGUACAGUGUGUAAAGACUUUAUCAGCAUCUGAAGCUCUUGUUUAGGGUACUUUUUAUUUCCCUUGGUUCCACACAUUUACCGAACAUUCUCGAUACUCGAGACUCCUUUUAAUCUUUCAAAAGCGAUGCAUAAGGUAUGAAGUGAACCUUUAUUAUGACAGUUCAUAAAUAUCCACCCAAGUCUACAUUUCUGUUAGAGACAACUAAAAAGCAUCAUGCAGCAGCAUCAUUGUGAAUGUGUAACAUCCGACAUGACAAUCAGGAAUAAGGAAUAUUGUUUAUUUGUCUUGGUGUCUUUUUAUUAUGCUAAUGAAUUUAGAGAUACUUGCUUAGCAUGUAGUGAAGUCAUGUUACAGGCAUAUGUUAUUUGCUGUUAUGUUAUAUUUCAGAAUAUAACAUAACAUUUAAAACAUUUUUCUGAUUUGAGAACAUAAUCUACGGCGAUUUUAUGCCACACCUACAGACGCUUUGGGGCAUUUCACUCAUAAACGCACAUGGCUUUGGUCAGAUUUUCUUUCUUAUUCUAAUUCUCUACUACAAAUGAUGUUAUAUAUCUGACAUCAACCUGUAAAGAUCAUAUACUUUUGUAUGCAAUCCUGAAAUCAGUAUGAUGUCUGUCAUUAAAGCCCCUAGCAAAAGAAAAAUCUGUCAGUGAAAAAGAGUCAGGAUUCCAUCCUAACCUGCUACUUAAUUACAGUUGAAAGGUAUAAUUAUAAGAAAACUCAGAUUUUCCAUUUGAUCAGUAAAUUGUGGGUAUGUCAGACUGCGUUAUGAUUAUCAGUGUUGUUUCUCUGGCAACACAAAUCUGUCAUUACUUUCUGAUCUACAUUAGUAUAAAUCUUUGCAUACUUAUACAAGGAUAAGUAUCAUUUUCUCUGAUACAGUGACACACAAUGUUAUGAGGUUAUCAUUUAUUGUACUUAAAUAUUUAAACCACUGAUGACUUUUUUUUUUUAAAAAAACAAGAAAAAACUGUUAGGUUUGUGAACGCCUUUAUGGAACAUGGUUAUGUGGUUAAACUUUUGAUUCUGUUCUAUUGUUUAAAAUUAUGUGCUUACUUUUAAAAUGAAGAUAGUUUUGACAUAUCUUCUGCAACUACCAAGACAUAGAACUGGAAAAUUCUUGAUAUUUGAUGUAUAAUGCAGUAUUAUAUUACCCAAGAUGCCUCAAAUCCUAGCUAGUCUUUUAAUUUACAAGUGCCUUUUUAACAUGUUCCCUAUUGCCAUGCUGUUUGGAAAUUAUUUAUUAAAACCAACUCUUAAAAACA